AUGAAUAAUUACGAAAAGAGGCUCAGAGCCGCGGCGGAGAUCAUACUCGCCGACGACGCACGCGCUUCUCCGGCGCGUGUCAGCGCCGAAGAGCUCGGCGUGACGGCGACGCUGAAGCCGCACCAAGUCGAAGGCGUCUCGUGGCUCAUUCGGCGGUACAAUCUCGGCGUCAACGUCAUUCUCGGAGAUGAGAUGGGACUAGGCAAGACUCUGCAAGCUGUUGCUUUGUUGAGCUAUUUGAUGGUUCAAAAGAGGUCAAGUGGACCAUUCUUGGUGAUGUGUCCUCUAAGCGUGACUGAUGGUUGGGUCUCGGAAAUGGAAAACUUUGCUCCAAAAUUAAAAGUUGUACGGUAUGUUGGCGAGAAAGAAUAUAGGCGCAGCUUACGAAGGACAAUAUAUGAGCAUGUGAAAGAACAUUCCUCAGUAUCUGAUUUAAUGUCGUUACCUUUCGAUGUCCUGUUGACGACAUAUGACAUCGCGUUGACCGAUCAGGAUUUUCUUUCUCAAAUACCAUGGAACUAUGCAGUAAUUGAUGAAGCACAAAGGCUCAAAAACCCUUCCAGUGUUCUGUACAAUGUCCUAAGAGAGCGGUAUCUCAUUCCAAGAAGGUUACUGAUGACUGGCACACCUAUUCAAAACAAUCUCACUGAACUUUGGGCUCUGAUGUAUUUUUGUAUGCCCUCAGUCUUUCUGAAAUUGGACGAGUUCCUUGUUACAUUCAAGGAAGCUGGUGAUCCUUUGUCAGGUUAUAAUACACCUGAAGUUAUAGAACAACUCAAAAGUUUAAAAGGCAUAUUGGGGGCUUUCAUGCUACGCCGCACAAAAUCUAAGCUUAUUGAGAAUGGAGAUCUAUUCUUGCCAUCCCUUACUGAGAUAACAGUGCUGGCACCACUGGUCAGCUUGCAAAAGAAGGUUUACAUGUCAAUAUUGAGGAAGGAGCUCCCGAAGCUACUUGCACUGUCUUCUGGAGGUUCAAAUCAUCAAUCCUUACAGAAUAUUGUGAUACAAUUACGAAAAGCUUGUAGCCAUCCUUAUCUCUUCCCUGGUAUUGAGCCAGAACCAUAUGAAGAGGGUGAACACCUGAUUCAGGCUAGUGGUAAACUUAUGAUUUUGGAUCGACUACUUCAAAAGCUGCAUGAGAGGGGACACCGUGUCCUUCUCUUUGCUCAGAUGACGCAUACACUCGAUGUUCUACAGGACUUCCUUGAGUUGCGAAAAUAUUCAUAUGAACGCCUUGAUGGAUCAAUUCGGGCUGAGGAGCGGUUUGCUGCUAUAAGAAGUUUCAGCAGGCAAUCAGCAAAACAAAGCUUGAAGUCUCAAGCUGAUCAAAAUGAUGCUUUUGUCUUUAUGAUCUCCACUAGAGCUGGGGGAGUUGGCUUGAAUCUUGUUGCCGCUGAUACUGUUAUAUUCUACGAGCAAGAUUGGAAUCCCCAGGUUGAUAAGCAAGCUUUGCAGAGGGCACACAGGAUUGGUCAAUUGAAUUCUGUGCUGUCGAUAAACCUUGUUACAGGACGUACAGUGGAGGAGGUUAUCAUGCGGAGAGCAGAGAGGAAGUUGCAGCUUAGCCAUAAUGUUAUUGGGAAUGAUGUUAUGGACGAGGAUGGUAAAGAAACAGUAGGAGUUGAACCCAGUGACCUGCGAUCUAUUAUAUUUGGGUUACAUCUCUUUGAUCCUGCUGAAAUCAACAGUGGUGAGUGUGAGAUAUCAGAAUUGAAUGCUUUGGCAGAGAAGGCGAUUUCAGUGCGCCAUAAAGAAACAGCAACCAAAGAUGAGAGGAAAUUUGAGGUCAGUCAAACAGAUGUAUUGAGUGGAAGAGAUCUGGUUGUUGGAGAAAGUUCUACUUCUCUCGGUUUAAAUACUGGUUUCGAUGAAGCUUCAUAUCUCUCAUGGGUUGAGAAAUUCAAGGAGGUACCACAAGCAACUAGCAAAGAAAAUACAGAUAUGGGAAGCAGAAAAAACUUACUUGAGGAAAGGCAUCUAAAACUUGAGGCUGCAAAAAAGAGAGCGGAGGAAAAGAAGUUAGCCAGGUGGGUAGACCUUGGCUACCAAUCAUUGUCCAUUGAGGACCCCAUCACUCCUGUAGAUAGGGACGUCAUGUCCGACUCAGGAUCUGUCCAGUUUGUGUAUGGAGAUUGUACACAACCAUCAAAAGUUUCUCCCUCUGAGCCUACCAUUAUUUUCAGCUGUGUUGAUGAUUCUGGACAGUGGGGUCGUGGAGGAAUGUUUCAUGCACUGGAGAAGCUAUCUACAAGUGUCCCUGAUGCAUAUCAACGAGCUUCUGAAUUUGAUGACCUGCAUCUUGGUGAUCUUCACCUUAUAAGAGUUACCGAGGAUUCAGAUGAACAGAAGGACAGCAAUCCCCCUCAAUGGGUGGCUUUAGCUGUUGUACAAUCUUAUAAUCCCAGGCGUAAAGUACCCCGGAGCAACAUAUCUAUUCCUGAUUUGGAAUGUUGCUUAUCAAAGGCAUCGUUUUCAGCUGCUCAAAGUUCUGCUUCAAUCCACAUGCCACGUAUUGGGUAUCAAGAUGCAUCAGAUCGUGCAGAAUGGUAUACCGUGGAACGUCUUCUACGAAAACACGCCUCUAUUCAUGGCAUAAAGAUUUAUGUGUAA